CGCCCCCGGCCCCCGGCGCCCCGCGCGAGCUUAGGCCGCGGCACCGCCCCCCAUGCGCCCCGGCCGGCGCCCCCCGAGCCGCGCGCAGCAUGUCCCGGCGCAAGCAGGCGAAGCCGCAGCACCUGAGGUCGGACGACGAGCUGCCGCCGCCCUCCGGGGCCCCGGAGCACGCAGCCCCCGGGGACGGCGCGGAGGACGGGGACAGCGGCUCGGACGGCCGGAGCGCGGCGGGCGAGGACGCCAGCGUGUGCGAGAGGUGCUGUGCUGAGUUCUUCACGUGGGCCGACCUGGUGGAGCACAAGCGCAGCUGCACCAAGAACCCUCUGGUGCUCAUCGUGCACGAGGAUGGGCCCCCACCGCCCGCAGACGACUUUCCCGAGCCCUCCCCGGCGGCCAGCUCCCCCAGCGAGCUUGCAGACAGCGAGGGGGGCGAGGAGACACAGGCCCAGGGCCCCGAGGGCGGGGAGCUGAGGCCGCCUGAGCGCGACCCGCUGGCCGCCAAGCCCAUGGACGUGGAGGCCGCCGGGGAGCCCGCCCGGCCCGUCGGCAAGUCCCCGGGGCCCGUGGUCUCCGAGCCGGGGCCCGCGGCCGCCUACGCCAUGCCCAGCACCAACGUGACGCUGGAGACGCUGCUCAGCACCAAGGUGGCCGUGGCGCAGUUCUCCCAGCAGGCCCGGGCGGCGGGGGGCGCGGGGGGCGGCCUGGGGGGGGUGGUGGCUGUGCCCAUGAUCCUGGAGCAGCUUCUGGCCCUGCAGCAGCAGCAGGUGCAGCAGCUGCAGCUCAUCGAUCAGAUCCGCAGCCAGGUGGCCCUGAUGAGCCGCGCGCCUCCCCGGAACCCCCCGCACCCCGGGGCCCCCGCCGGCCCGCCCGCCCGCCCGGCGCCGCCCCCGGCCCCAGGAGCGCCCCCCACGUCCCCCGGCCCGCCCAGCAGCUUCGAGGGCCAGGCCCGGCCCCCUCCCGUGCCCGGCACCCAGCCCGAACCCCCCGCCCAGGCGCCCCCACCGCCGCCCGGCGCCCCCACGCCCCCCGCCCCCCCGCCCCCACCACCCCAGAGCCCGGCGGCGGGCAGCGGCGUCAUCUUCCCCAACCCGCUGGCCAGCAUCGCGGCCACCGCCAGCGCCCUGGACCCGCUGGCCGCCCUGAUGAAGCAGCGCAAGGGCAAGCCACCCAACGUGGGGGUGUUCGAGCCCAAGGCGGGCACCGAGGACCCCUUCUUCAAGCACAAGUGCCGCUUCUGCGCCAAGGUGUUCGGCAGCGACAGCGCCUUGCAGAUCCACCUGCGCUCCCACACGGGCGAGCGCCCCUUCAAGUGCAACGUCUGUGGCAACCGCUUCUCCACCAAGGGCAACCUCAAGGUACACUUCCAGCGGCACAAGGACAAGUACCCCCACAUCCAGAUGAACCCCUACCCCGUGCCCGAGUACCUGGACAGCGUGCCCACCUGCUCCGGCAUCCCCUACGGCAUGUCACUGCCCCCUGAGAAGCCUGUCGCCACCUGGCUGGACGGCAAGCCCGUGCCGCCCGCUGCGCCCGGCCCCGUGGGGCUGCAGCUGCCCCCCACGUUGCCCACACCUGUGCCCGGCUACGCCGACUCGCCCGGCCUCACGCCCGCCUCGGGCCGCUCCCCACGGCGGCCCUCGCCCGCCUCCAGCGAGUGCCCGUCCCUGUCGCCCGGCCUCUGCGGCUCCGAGCCCGGCGUGCCCGUGAAGGCGGACUCCCCACAGCCUCAGCCGGCUCCCAGGCCGGAGCCGGGCGCCCGGGAUGCAGGCAUGGAUGGGCAGGCGGACCCCGGGCCCGGCCCCGAGCCGCUCAAGGCCCGCUUCCCGUUCGGGGGGCUGCUGGACUCCAUGCAGACGUCGGAGACCUCCAAGCUGCAGCAGCUGGUGGAGAACAUCGACAAGAAGGUGGCGGACCCCAACCAGUGCAUCAUCUGCCGGCGCGUGCUGAGCUGCCAGAGCGCCCUCAAGAUGCACUACCGCACGCACACGGGCGAGCGCCCCUUCAAGUGCAAGCUGUGCGGCCGCGCCUUCACCACCAAGGGCAACCUCAAGACGCACUUCGGGGUGCACCGCGCCAAGCCGCCCCUGCGCGUGCAGCACUCCUGCCCCAUCUGCCACAAGAAGUUCACCAACGCGCUGGUGCUGCAGCAGCACAUCCGCAUGCACAUGGGCGGCCAGCUGCCCAACUCCCCGCUGCCUGACGGCGCCCAGGACGACGCACAGGCGGCCGGCAGCCCAGAUGACGAGCCGGACGACGCGUCCAUGGAGGAGGACGGCGGCUCCGAGGCUCGGGAGCCGGAACCCGCCCACCCGCCCCCGGCCUUCGCCGGCCCGGCCUCGCCGCCCUCCGUCGUCUCCAGCAUCGCAGCUCUGGAGCAGCAGAUGAAGAUGAUGGACUCGGUGCUCGGCUGCCCACAGCUGGCCGCGCUCAGGGCCUCCGCUGACAACGGCGACAGCGACCGGCUCAGCCACGACUCGUCCUCGGCUGGUGGCGGCGACCUCGACAGCCGCAGCGCAGGCAGCCCGGCGUCGUCCUCGUCCUCGUCCUCCACGGGGGCCCCGUCCCCAGCGCACAGCCACGGCGACAGCCUGCCCCCCAAGUCGCCCGGCCGCGGUGGCCCCGAGGAGCCACCCGGGCCCGUGCUCAAGACGGAGCGGCCCGACAGCCCGGCUGAGAAUGGGGCCCCGCUGGACCUGACAGCCGCACCCCCCUGCCGGCCGGCCGCCCCCGAGGAUGCCCCGUUCGGCCUGCUGUUCCUGCGCCGGGAGCGGGGUCCCGGCCUCAGUGUCCCCGGCCUGCUGGGCAGCGCCCCGGCCCCUGCCCUGGUGAAGAUGGAGGUGAACGGUCACAGCAAAGCCCUGGCGCUGGCCGAGGGGCCCCCGCUGCCCGCCACCGGCGUGCCGAUGCCUGCGGGGCCUCCCGCCCUGUUGAGCCCCGGCCUGGCGCCCAUGCUGACCCCCCCACCCCGCCGGACGCCCAAGCAGCACAACUGCCAGUCGUGCGGGAAGACGUUCUCGUCGGCCAGCGCCCUGCAGAUCCACGAGCGCACGCACACCGGCGAGAAGCCCUUCGGCUGCACCAUCUGCGGGCGUGCCUUCACCACCAAGGGCAACCUCAAGGUGCACAUGGGCACACACAUGUGGAACAAUGCUCCUGCACGGCGUGGCCGCCGCCUGUCCGUGGAGAACCCCAUGGCCCUGCUGGGCGGUGACGCGCUCAAGUUCUCCGAGAUGUUUCAGAAGGACCUGGCUGCACGUGCCAUGAACGUGGACCCCGGCUUCUGGAGCCAGUACGCGGCCGCCAUCACCAACGGCCUGGCCAUGAAGAACAAUGAGAUCUCUGUCAUCCAGAACGGGGGCGUCCCUCCGCUGGCCCCCAGCCUGGGCGGCAGCACCCUGGCCCCCCUGGGCUCACUGGCUGGGGCCCUGGACAAGGCACGCUCCGGGGCCAGCCCUCCCAUUGCGGGGCUGGACAAGUCGGGCGCAGACCCCGGGGCCAGCCGCCCCUUCACCCGCUUUCUGGAGGACAACAAGGAGAUUGGCAUCAACUAGCCAGCACCCUAGCCCGGCCACCGCCCCCCAACCUGGGUUCCUGGCAGCUUGUGGCUCCACCCUGGGGCUUUGGCUGUGCAGGAGACUCACUUGGCCGUGAGUCAGAGACAGGAGCCCCAGAAUGGGGAGCUCAGGCCACGGGCACGGUGCCCUUAACCCCUGGCCCCUCGAGGGGGCGGCCCCACUCCCCAGGACUCCCAGAUGCUGGCUCUGUCCUGCCAACGAGAAGCUGAAGCUGUGUUCAGACUCUGUGCCUGGACGCCCGGGCCGUCUGCUCAGCUCUGGGCACUGGGUGUGGGGAGCUUGUCUGUAGUAUUUAUGAUGUUAAGAUUAUGCGGGUAACAGACGAGGCAGCCCCAUCUUGAAAGGAAGCUUUUGUAUGCAGAAUGCAGCUGGCUAUGUGGGGUCUUCUUUUUUGUUUGUUUGUUUUGUUUUUGUUUUUUAAAAAAGCAAGACUUGUUUUCCGAUGGAUACGUGGGUCCUUUCAAUACAGCCGUGAAACUCUGCUGAGAAAGAUAGCAUGCGUCUGUGUGCGUGUACCUGUCAGUAACAAGCCCCCCGCCCCGAAAUGUCUGUAGCUGCUAUGUGGACAGUGGCUCCCAAGUGUGGUCUGCAGCCCGGUACUGGGGGCCAUACCGCAGACAGUCGUCACCAUGAUCACUCACAUCCAUAAGCAGUUGUGAGUGAAGCCCUCCCUUCAACAAAGCUGUAUAAUAAAAAGGUAAUGUUUGUAUAA